UUUGGGGGGAAAGAAAGGAACCCUUCUACCGAGUAGUCUCCUAUGUUCGCCCCGGAGUGGAUUUAAACCUGUUGAAGCAGAAAUCCAGACCGCGAAAAACUGAAUCAAAACUUUCUUCGAAGUAAAAAUGGUGAGAAUAAGCGGAGCACUUCUGAAAGAUGCGGGUUCUGGUCUCACCAAGACUCUCUCUGAGAUCCUGGUCUGCCCGCUCACGAAGCAACCGCUGAGGUAUUGCGAGGCGUCGAAUUCUCUAAUUAGCGAUACGAUUGGUGUUUCUUUCCCUGGUCUAGUGGCUGUUUUCCUGAAAGUUGUGCUGUGCCACAAUCUCGGGCAGGGUGGCUGGUAUUUCCUUUUCAUGAGAUUGUGGUGUUUCUCGAUCAAGUUUCCUUCAUGAAUUGGUUAUCAAGUCAGGAGGCAUGGAGUGUUGUUUAUAUCGAUGCGACAUGAGGAAUCAAGGAUGCAUUAUUCUGUGGGGAUGUUAUUGAAUCACAUGUUAAGCAGAGGGCCAAGAAGGAAGGUUGUGAAGCUCUGGCACAUCCUACCUUGUAUGAUGCUGUGGGCAGGGAAUGGUGUUCGGUGUGUUUGUCGAAAGUAAUGGAGGGAGAGGAAUCACGAGUUCUUCGUCUUCCUUGCCUACAUGAGUUUCAUAAGAUAUGCAUCAAGAGGUGGUUCCAUGAAUGCCAGAAAACCUGUCCAAUCUGCCAGUUCUGGUUGAGAGAUGAUGAUGGUCAAACAACAGAAGUGCUUACCGAGGAGAUGGUAAUAUGGUUCACUUCCUUUCAUGUUGUUGGUUACUGAACUGCAAGUUUUCCUCUGUUUCUUUAUGGUUCCUGGUAACCUUAGAGAGAGAUAAGAGAGAAGAGAAUAGUUUUUUUUUUUUUUUUUUUAUUAGUAGUGAAGAUUUGAACCUUCAACUCACAGAAGUUAUAUGUCUUUACCGUUGAACUAUGCUCAUCCGGAAAGAGAAUUGAUGCGAGAUUUGUCACUCCUAAUAACUAAAGAACUUAACAUGUA